GGAUCUUCCCGGCGGUGGCAAGUCAGCAUUACAUUACAAAUAGUAAAAAAAACAAAACAAAACAAAAUAAAAAAAGCAAACAAAAACAAAAAAAACAGCAAACAAAAAACAAACAAUCUGUGUGUUGUCUCAUUCUGUUUUAUACAACAAGAAAACAAAAACAAAAACAAAAACAAAAGGCUAGGCUCAGCCCCCCAGCCAUGGCUGCUACUGGUGCAUCCUCUUCUACUGCUUCUCAAAACUCUAAAAACAAAAACAAAAACCAAAACAAAACCACCAACACCAAGAAGAAGAAGAAGCAGAACACCACUGGGACUGAGUCAGGUAACAAUGCCCUUCAAAAUCAACCUGGGAAGCGCAAAAAAUCACCCGGAGUUCGAGUCAUCCAUGGCCGAAUCUACGAUUCUGUGAAUGGAAAAUGCUGUCAUCAGUGUCGGCAAAAGACCCUCGAUUUUGCGGUGUCAUGCAAGAGUCAGAUUGAGAAUAAACAAUGUACCUUUCAUUUCUGUCACACUUGCCUCCUCAACAGAUAUGGAGAGAAAGCAGAAGAGAUGGCAGCAUUGGGUGAUUGGAAGUGUCCCAAAUGCAGGGGCAUUUGUAAUUGCAGUCAAUGCAUGAAGAAGCGAGGUUGUUGUCCAACUGGGAGGCUUGUGCAUGCCGCAAAGGCAAUUGGGUUUUAUUCAGUGUCUGAGAUGCUGCAAUUAAGGAACUCCGAGGAGGUCAUGGAAGAUGUGGGUGCAUCAUCAGAAAAUGAGACUGCUUCAGAAAAGGUUCUUGAUCUAAAGAAAGGGCAACCUGAGUGUUUACUUCGAGAAUUAACAUGUGGACGUAGUUCACGUCGGAGCAAGGGUUCAUCGAUUGUUCAGUUUCAUAUCAAAUUGCUCUCUGUGAUACAAAAGGAUUCAGGGAAACGACAUGUCUCUUUGAAAACUGAAGGUAGAAAUUCAUGGUUGCAAGCUCUUAGUAGAUGCAUCUCUGAAUCCCAGUAUCAAUCAAAAGAACUGCUGUUGGAUUGUUUUAAUUUGGCGGCUGAUGGAUAUGGAGAGUUAAGCUCAUCAAAGAAGCUCUUACUGUUGAAUUUUCUAUGUGAUGAAGCUCUCGAUACAGCGGAGUUGAGGAGUUGGAUUGAUGAACAAAACUUGGAAUUUGUUGAGGAAGAGAAAAAGACAAAAGAAAAGUUGCCUGCUGAAAGAGAGAAGGGGAGGAACAUGAAAAUGAAUCUGCAGGAUGAGGUGGCUAGAGCUAUUGUCAUGAAAAACGGUGCUCCUCUUUCUGUUUCUGAAUAUCAAGAACUUGUUUCCAAGGUGAAGGCAGAAGUAGCUCGAACUCUUGCAGUGACUCUAGAAGCAAAAGACACGGUGAUGAAAAAGAAACAGCGAUCAGAUGCUGUUAGGUCAGAGCCUAUACUUUUGGAUGGAAAUGGUCUCAAGUUCUGGAAACUGAGAGGCUACUCUAGCGAAAGGGAUAUUCUGCUACAAGACAUUGGAAAUGGGGAUUCUGUUACUUUAAAGGAAAAAUGGUUUAGCUACAACGUUGAGGAAAGGGCAACCGUUGAAAAAUAUAUUUCAAGGCAGCUUAGAAAAUGAACAAAAGAAGUAUUUAACGUCAUCUCAACAGUUUAUAUCACUGUACUGUCCUGACGUCUUGACCAUCUUUUGCGAGGCAAGUUUUUGGUGUCAUUUGGGAUGAUGGUUACCAUCUUUUUGAUUGCCUUCAUCUGUUAUGAUAAAUUUUUGAAUAUUAUGAGACAGUUCAAAAUAUUGAAACCUUCAGGUGUGCUUUGUGAUGGCCUAGUGUAGUGACAUGUGAUUUAAGCACACACCUUUAAUAGUACGAAGUUUAUUAUGAUCCCUUUCUCUUUCUCUUUCAUUUCAAUGGAAAACUAGGGACAUCUUGGUUCUUGGCCUUAUUUUCA